AUGGACAAGGACCCUAGGAGAGGAAGUGAAUACGGCAGAUAUGACUAUGCAAAUGAAAGAAGAACUUCACAAGUAAAUGCUAACUUUUCCAUGUCUGACUUGCAUCGUGUGAACAUGCCCGAUCAUAUUUCAAACUUCAAAUCAGUGGUUUCUGCUGAUAAAACAUGCGCUGCCUUUCAAUUAGCUACACCGCCUAUAUCUAAUGUGUCCACGCCAGUGAAAGAAGACUCUUCUAUGAACUUCGGCCAUGAAAUCAAUUACUAUGGACUGUGGUUACAAAGUGCUAAUGUCAAGGUUACGACUUUGUGCAUUAGCUGGUACAUGUUUUCAAUAAUAUCAAGUAACUCUAGCAAGAUCAUAUUAUCCGAUUUCAAGCAUCCCGUUACCCUUACACAAGCUCAGUUUAUAUUAAAUUUCGUCUUCUGUGUCGCGUUUUAUUUAUUAAUUUCAUUCAAACGAAACCUUGCCCAACAUCUUCCUGUUGGUAUGACACCUAACAUGCAAGAAGUCAAGUCUGUUGUGGCAUUCCUAUCACCGAAACCUAGUUUCAUCUUGAGCAUAAUUCCAAUGGGAUUGUUUCAGUUUUCAGGCCAUAUAUUAUCCCAUACAGCGUUUUCCUUGGUGCCAGUUUCGACGGUCCACACAGUGAAGGCACUUUCCCCCAUAAUAACUGUUUUGAUAUACAGAUUGUUUUUUAAAGUGCAUUACAAGAGGUCAACAUAUAUUUCUCUAAUUCCUUUAAGUUUGGGGAUUAUGUUGACAUGUUAUAAACCUCAUCAGGGAGCACUUUAUUCUAAUGGCCUACUUCUAGCAUUUCUUUCGAUGUUGAUCUUCGUUACCCAAAAUAUAUACGCCAAAAGAAAAGUAACACAAGAAGUACCUGGCUUUUUGCCUACCUCUAAUAAAAGGCAUAACAACAAUCCGGACAAGUUAACGAUCCUAUUAUUUUGUUCAAUAGUUGGAUUUGUUAGUACCUUACCAUUCUACAUCGUUCUAGAAUUUCGAAAUGAUACGUUAUCUUUGAAGAGCAUUACUCCGAAACUAUUUGCAUUGAUAAUCCUCAACGGAUUUUCCCAUUUUUCACAAUCACUACUUGCAUUCCAUAUUUUAGGACUCGUUGAUCCUGUGAGCUACUCAAUUGCUAAUUUAAUGAAAAGAAUUUCGGUCAUUUUCAUUGCCUUCCUUUGGGAGAGUAAUCAUUUCUCUGUCCAUCAGUCUUGUGGUCUCAUGGUUACAUUCUGUGGGCUUUAUUGUUAUCAUAAAUGGGGAUCAAAGCAUCAAUGA